AUGAUGUCAAUGCUAAAAUCAAAAGGAUGCCUUUUCUUGGCUUCUUCGCUAUGCGAUGGCUUAGAGGACAAUGACAUAAAGCAAGUAACCACUUUACUCUUAAAUAAAGAAGCAGAUCCCAAUACAUUAAUUCCGACGUAUGGAGUGACACCUUUUCACUUAGUGAUAGGUAAUGAUUCGGAGGCAUUUGCAGAGGAAGUAACUAAAUUGUUUUUACGUCAUGGAGGAAAUCCGAAUGUUAGAUCAGUGGAUGGAUUGACUCCAGUUCAUGUAGCAGCAGCAUGGGGCAGAAUUACGGUUUUGGAAUUGCUAGUAGCCAAUGGCGGAGAUCCUCUUUGUUUAGAUUACGAAGGGCGUAGUCCAUUUCAUUACGCAUUCGAUGGCAAGUUUUAUGGAGCAAUUGUAGUGCUGGGAAAAUAUUGUGAAAAUGUUACAGACGAAGAAAAACCGACUACACAUAAAGUAACAUUUGAGAAACUUCUGAUUAAUAAUGGAGACUUUGUCGCAGAAUACGCUGCGUUACCAAAUUCUGUUACGAUUAAUAACGACGUAUUAAACGAAAAUAAAUUUCAGACAAAUGAAAAAAACCGACUUUCUAAGAUCAAAGAUGAACAUUUUUAUUUCAGUGAUAAUAGCUUAAACAGUAACAAUCAGCGUGAUAUGAAUGCUGCAGAACUCCGACUUCGUGAGGAAAUAAAUAAAGAAAAAUGUCUACUGAAUCAAAUUAUUAAUCAGUUAUCCAAUUCUUUAAAGUCCAAUUCUAAAGAUACGGAAAUUGAAAACAAACAAAUUGAAGAUAAUCAGUGUGACACAAGUCCGUUAUCUGCAUUAAAUACAGAUGACAGCCUGACUUAUGACAUGCAAAACAAAUUUUCAUUAAGAACUAAAACAAGAAAACGGUCUGCUACUCCGAAAUAUAGGCGCAGAAUUUUAAGUCAAACUAAUAAUACUAAAAUUCCGUUAGUACCAACUUAUGAUCUAAACGAUUCAAUUGUAAGCAAGUCACCAAAUUUUUUAAUAAGCAAAGCAGUUGAGAAAGAACGAUACUUAUCUCCCAAAAUCGUAAGUAAUGACUCGAAAUUCAAAACUUUCACACCAUGUAUGACGAGAAAUGGAUCAUUUCGAUCGGACGAGUUUAACAUUGGGAAAGAACUAGCGAAAUCCACUCCAAGAAGGAAACGUUUUUAUAGGCAGUAUUCGUCACUUAGAAAACUGAGAAAAAAUGACAGAUUAGCAUCAUUAGAAAACACAAGCCCUGAUUCAACAAAUUCUUUGUCACCAGAUGAAAAUCAUCGUACAAAAUUGACAUAUAAGAUCAACAAAAAUGUAGCGGUAAAAUUGCAUGAGAAUAAAUAUGACGAUGAUAUACCAAUAAAUCCAAAUAUCAAUGAGAGGAAGGAUUGUAUUAGAAAGUAUAAAAUAACAGAGGACUUUAUGAAAAAAUUAAAUAACGUAGAAUACUUAGAAAUUAAAAAAGCAGACUGGAUAGGAAAAAAUGAAGAAAACUUCAGAGAAGAUAAAAGUUUAAAAGAACAAUAUUCAGAAGAUUUAAAAAGUAAUAAUACUUUGAAUACUUUUAAAGAAAAUUUUACUGUGCUUUUUUCAAGUUUCAAAUCGCAGUCAUAUAUUAGCGUGCAAGAGGAAUAUAAACAUGAAGAUCUAGAUGAAGGUAUAGCCUUUGUAGAACGUAGAGUUUAUACACUACCUCCUAGGAAAUCUAAAAAAGAUUGUAUGGCAUCUGAAAAAUCAUGGCCCCAAUCGUUAAAUUUAUCAGUAAAUAUAUAUAUGACAAAUGAGGAACUACAACAAAAAUUAAUUGAUUUAGGUGACAAUCCAGGACCAAUAACUAACACAACAAAGCAAGUAUAUUUAAAGCGGCUUAUAUGUUUAGAAAAGAAAACUAGUCUGAAAAAACCAGAUGUUAAAACUAUUCCUUCUAAGACCUGGUUUGAUGUAGAUGACUGUAGCUGUGAAGUGAAAUCUUCUUUAAUGUUCGGUGACUGGGUAAAUGAAUUAGGCCGAUAUAAAGUUAUGGAAAGAACCGUUUUUAAAGAAUUUUCAUCAGUGGAUCCUUCGAGAAAAUGGAGAGAAGGAAUAAAUAAGACUAGUUUUAAUUAUUUACUCUUAGAUCCACGCAUAACCAAAGAUUUAUGUUCUCGCGAAGAACAUAUGACGAAGUCCGCAAUUUGGACUACAUUCCUUUCUGCUAUAUUUUAUGUGGGUAAAGGUACACGUAAUAGACCAUAUUCUCACCUUAAAGAUGCGUUCACUGCAUGGAUUUCGCACCAAAGCUCUGAGAGCAUAAAAGUUCAACAGAUUCUAAACAUUUGGAAUGCAGGACAUGGAAUUAUCUGUCUCCAUGUUUUUCAAAAUGUUAUCCCCGUAGAAGCUUACACUCGCGAGGCUGCUAUGAUCGAUGCUCUGGGGCUAAAGAAAUUAAAAAAUUAUAAACGUGGUAAUUAUUAUGGAAUAGCAGCGACAUGGAGUACAAAAGAAAAAUGUAACUUUGGAAGAUAUCUAUUGUAUCAAGCAAUGCAAAUCUUUUUAUGCGAAGGAGAGAGACAAAUACAUCCUGAAAACUUAUAAAAUAUAAUUGUACUCCUAAAAGUGGCUAGAUCUUAAUAUGUAUAUAUUACAGAAUGACGAAUAUAUGUAAAUAUUUUAUGUGUGCAUAUAAAGUUUUAGCAGUGCUAAUAACAAUAUUUAAGUAAGUGCAAUAUUAUGAAAAUAAAUAAAGAAUUAAAG